AAGGAAGUAAAACAAUAAAUACAUAUUUUUUUUCUUUCUCGUUUAAAGAAGCAAAACAAAUCUCUCCCAAUCUCUCUUCCUCCGUGAGCAACAAGGAGAGAUCUUUGGGAAUCAAUCAAUCAAUCGAUCGGUCGAGAAAAGCGAUGAAUGGGAUUCAACGUCACCAUCUCCUCCAGCUAGUCUUAUCGUGCCGUAAGAUCACGGCGCAAGUGACUCAGCCAGGAACCUCCACAAUCGUAGCCAUGGCUUCUUCCUCCGAGCAGGAAUUCCUAGCCCAGAGCCGCGCCAAUCUCUACCGAUUCCCUCGUUCCAACAAUUUCUGGGACUCGAAGACCGCUUCACGCGUCGGCGAGAAGCUUGGCCUUCGCCUCAGGGAGCUUGGCGUCGAAACUGUCUCCAUUGAUGCCGACGAAGAGAUCUCACGACCCAUUCACCACCGUAAAAGGGUUCUUCCGCUGUUUGAUUCCGUCCGUCGCACCGGAAUCAGAGUCGACGGGACUGAGCAGUUGCACGAUAUCGGCCCAAUCAUCCCCAGAAAUUAGGUUUUUUCGAAUUUGGGGGAUCAUUUUUUGUCCGUACAGUUUCUUCUUGUAUUGAGUGAGAGCUUUACAGGAACAGAUUUGAUUCUUUUCGACAUGACAUUUCGAUUUCAUUCAUACGUUUCUCGUUUUUUAUGCAAUUCGAAAGUUUAGAACUAGUUCUUCCAUCAUCAUUUUUGCUUCUGUAACCAAAAAAAAAAACUUCUCUGGAUAUAUAAGAUGUUUCAUGGAAAAAUGGAAAAG